AUGGUCAAUUCUUGUUGUGGCUCCGUCUGCUCUGACCAGGGCUGUGGCCAAGGCUGCUGCCAGGAGACCUGCUGCCGCCCCAGCUGCUGCCAGACCACCUGCUGCAGGACCACCUGCUGCCGCCCCAGCUGCUGUGUGUCCAGCUGCUGCCGCCCCAGCUGCUGUGGUUCCAGCUGCUGCCGCCCCAGCUGUUGUGUGUCCAGCUGCUGCCGCCCCAGCUGCUGUGGUUCCUGCUGCUGCAGGCCCACCUGCUGCAUCUCCAGCUGCUGCCGCCCCUCCUGCUGUGUGUCCAGCUGCUGCCGCCCCAGCUGCUGCAUCUCCAGCUGCUGCCGCCCCUCCUGCUGUGGUUCUAGCUGCUGUGGUAGCAGCUGCUGCCGCCCCAGCUGCUGCCAGACCACCUGCUGCAGGCCCACCUGCUGCCGCCCCUCCUGCUGUGGCUCCAGCUGCUGCUGCCCCAGCUGCUGUAUGUACACUUGCUGCCGUCCAGUCUGCUGCCAGACCACCUGCUGCCGUACCACCUGCUGUCGCCCCAGCUGCUGUGGAUCCUCUUGUUGUUGA